AAAGUAGCUCAUCAAGCGGGGUUUCGCUUGCCCUGGGUUGACACGUGUUGCAUCGACCAAAAUAACAAUGUCGAGUCCCAAAAAUCCCUCAACCUGGUAUCACCAUUCAGCACUCACAGUCUACCUCUCAGAUGUUCGGUCUUCGUCCAAACCUGGCACACUGGCUAA